CUACUUCAUAAAGGCAAACACGAUCCAAUCCCUUCUUUGGGCGCGCCUUAUUCCUUUGAGUGCGCCUUCUGUAACCGCUUCACUGCGUGUCCUUUGCUCGUUUGUAAUACCUACCAUCUACCUACCUACCUAGUGCCUCAUCUACUUCGUACGUUGGUACCCCUUCGUGCUUAGUACCUACACGCCCUGUACAUCACUUCUUCCUACGCCCUAUACCCGUCGUCUUCUGUGACAUCUUCGCAUUCGACCAUCUUCCACUGCCAUCCGAUCCGCUACCAAGCUUCUCUCUCGUAUCUGUCCACUGCAGCAGUCGCAUACCUAUAUAAGCCAUCAUGGAUGUCAUCAUUGAUCACAAGUCCCUUGCAUCCGCCGCUUCCAAGCGCCGCCAUGUCCAGUCCAAGCGCGGCGUCCUCCGACGCCGUGGCACCAAUUAUCUGAUCAGGUCUACGGCGAAGCGCUUGAUGGAGUCCAAGAACCAUGCCAUCUAUCAUCAGUUCUCCUACCAGGAAACCCCCACCUUUCCAUGCCUCUCCGGUGUGUGGGCGGCCCGACGAAAGGAUGGAGGCUCCUUCGAGGCUCCUCGUCCUCUUCGAUCGCAUGUCGAGAGGGACAUUCGCGCCGUCAUAGCCACUGCUCGUGAACAGCAGCCCAAGCGUGAGACCCGCGCUCCCACCGUAUCACCUCGGAACGACGAGGAGGAGGGCCGGGAUCUCGCUCGCAGCGAGUUGCCGCUCCCAGGCGACGCUUCUCGACUUGUUAGACGGCCCAGCCUGGAGCGCGAGGAGGCUUUCCGUGUUGCCAGCACCGCCAAGGGCAAAGUCCACAUUCGCACUUCCCCCGACAGUGAAGAUGCGCAGAUCGCUGAGCUUUACCACCAGGGCCUGCUCUACGACGGUGAUGAGCAGCGCCCUGAGGAAAUCUUCAACCUCAACAGUAUCCAGCACGAGGACCCAGUGUACACCAUUCGUCCUGCGAAGCGGGGCCGCAAGUCAAAGAAGGCCAAGCCUGCCGCCCUCGUCCUCUCCUAUACCGACAUUGGCGAGUGUAGCGCCAAGUCAAAUGCUUCAACAGCUCGGCGUUCAGCUGCUGACGACUCAGAGACAAAUGAGGCCUUCCCUUCGCUAAGAGUCGUCUACGGCCAGGACGCGUCAAAUCCAACAUUUGAUGUCGAGACAUCUCAACCCCCAGAGUUGAUGGUUGACCUCUCUGAUUACGAUUGCUUUACCGAUAGUGAGCUUGAUGAUGAUGUGCCGUCCCAGACGGAGAUUGUGGAGAACGCAAACAACCCAUCCGGAGAGACUUGGAUCAUGCUGGGUUGAUCGACUCGCAGCAGGUCUGCUUAGGAUCCCCCCGUGCUCCGCCGGGAUUUGGAAACUGGAUAGGUGGGAGAGCCUCACCUCAGACUGGUCCAUCACAUAAACCUGGCAUGAUUCCUUUUCUCUCGGCGUUUUUUUCUUUUCGUUUCGGGUGGGAUUGGGUUUUCGAGGAUCGGGAUAGAUAUUGUAUACUACAGCCUGCAUAGCGAGUGGUGUACCAGCAGAUCCACGACGGCGGUUUGCGUCCCUGCAAUGGGAUGUGCGACGGUGCAUUUUCCUUUCUUUUAUUCUUCUCGCUUAGAUGAUAAUGAACUUGUUCAAGUAGUUGUUUAGUCAAUUAUGUGGCGUCGCCGUAACGCGUACGUUAAUUCAUUAUUAUACCAUUCUC